AUGACGGAGCUGGAGCUGGUGAAGAAUACCGUUAAGCUGAGCGAGGCCAACGAGAACCUGGCCAGGCACUUGCAGAUGUUUGGAGGACGCUGGUGGUACGAGGAUGGUGGGUGCACGAGUAUUGUGUGGUGGAAGCCAUUGACGGCUCUCAUUGAGCGCCGCGCGAAGCUCAUUCGGGACAUUGUCAACAGCCCCGAAGCAACAAAAUACCGCUCACACAAGAACACGCAACGUGCGAGCCGGCUGAAAGACAUCCUUGCCGUUUUUCUCCCCAACGACACGGAUUCCAAAGCAGCUAAGGACGGCGUGGUCUACGAUAUCUCGGUCAUCGCCAGCACCGCCUGGGACGUCUCAGCCAAAGUCUUGGAGGCGCCCAUCACCUUCGUAUUUAGAUUCAACGACGUCAAUUCGUUGUUUGUGACCGAGAUGCACGAGGAACUCGACUCUUCCACAGAUCCUCGCCAAUUCUGGAACGAGAAAUGCAUCCCUCGAAACGAGCACCGAAGCCAAAGAGACCAGGCGACACGCAGAAUCAACCUGAAGAAGUACGGCAAUCUUCUGCGACAAGGAGACUGGUGGAUAGACAACGGUGUCAAGAUCUUCUACCACCCUCGGGGUGACAUACUCGAGCAGGACCUGGUCGUGAACGGCGCCGCUGGACCUGGCUCCGAUAGCGCUCCGGCUCUUGCCACGAGCCGCGACCCCCGCAACUCGCAAGACGGCGAACUGGGCUUGGGUGCUCUGCGAGGGCCAGCGGGUACAUCCGAGGAGCGGAGGGUUUCCGACCAUCACCGCACCUGCGCGAACCCCGUGGGCGCCAUUGGCGAAGGGUCGCCGGCCUCGACCGCCACGAUCGACCGCGAGUCAGUGGAAAGAACCGGCAGUCGCCAUCCCGUGGGCCGUUCUGAAAUGACAGAGACAUCAUGCCGGCAAGAAGCUCCCAACCCUGUUGUCUUUGCGCCGUUGCAGAGGCCGUGGAACGCCAUGUCAACCGCAGUCUCCAGGAGCAUGGAUGCGAGCGGGACGGGGCCCGAGAAAGUGCCCUGGCGGGCCUAG